AUGGAACUGCUCAACACCGAUUUAAUUGCGGCGCUGCGACGAUUCACAGUGGCAAGGCAACAUUUCCAGUUCCUCGUUCCAUAUCCUCACACCAUCAAGGGUGCGGAAGAAGUUUUCUUCAUGCGUGCAUGUCGAAACCCUUUCAUCCAGCUCCCUGGAGAACCUGCUCCGACACUCCAUUGGCGCAAGGUGUACAUAGGAGACGAAAUAGGGGGCAUAUCACAAUUCUUCCUCCCUGCCCUAGUAGGUACACUCGUCGAGGUGACAAUAUCCAUCGACGUUCUCGAGUUGUCCGACUUCUUUGGUAAUCUCCAAGUCGCCACCCAACUCCAAACUUUGAACUUGAGCCUACUCAUGUCGGAAGAUAUACUCGUGCUUCAAGUCGACAGACUCGCCAUAUUACCCCAAGUCACCCCUCUCAAAAUUCGUGGACGGCUCUUCCGAAGACAAGUAUUGGAUUCUCCCAACUCCCUCGUCAGCUUAUUACGUAUCAUGGCAUCCGCACUAACAAAUGUGACGGAUGUUGCCAUGUGGGGAGAGGAUAUGCGUAUCAUCUUUGCAAUGCCAGAACUCAUUCGUGGAACAAACGAAUUUCACCUUGCACCAUCUAUAACACGUCUUGAAAUGUAUGACGCCAGGCAGUCUUUCUCUCAAUUUCGCUCCCACUCGGUAAAAGAGUUGGCGCUCAGCAAGGGAGGAUAUCAUGAUGUACCAUCUAUCGCAGAGGUUGAGUGGUGGCCAUAUGCUCACUCGCUCCAACUUUCCAUGUCUUUCACCAUUUCUUUUGCAAUGAGCGAAGAACAAAAGUUCACACCCCUCAAAUACCUCACAACCCUAUACCUCUUGUACGAUUGUAAAUGGGUCGAAUGCGAGUAUGCCAGUACUGUCAUCCCACGGAUGGUGGCGAUGGUGCUCCAUGCGGACGAGGUACCUUGUUUGGAGAAUUUGAAGUUAGACACGCACAUUGACUGGGACGCCUUCUUCAUCGCGCUCGAGGCCCGUAACUCUACAAGUUUUUAA